AUGGCAGAAGGUGAAUCAUCCAGUAAAGUAAAAAAAAAAAGUACCCUAGAUGGUAAUCCCAAAGUUGAUUCAUUUCGUAAUAGGGAUGGUUUAUUAUUGAAAACAUAUGCAUGGUUAGUUCAAAAUCCUAUUGGUAUUUUAAUAUUAGUUCAUGGUAUGAAUUCACAUAUUCAAUUUGAGUAUUUAAAACCAAAUGUGGAAGUAGUGAGUAAUAAAGAAGCGAAACUAAUAGACGGUGAAAAUUUUUAUCUUUACCAAGGUAGUUGGAUUGAACAGUUUAAUAAAAACAAUUUUUCAGUCUAUGGGUUAGAUUUACAAGGUCAUGGUCAAUCAGAAGCUUGGAGAGGUUUACGAUCAAAUAUAAAAAGAUAUGAUGAUUUAGUUUAUGAUGUACUUCAAUUUAUUAAUAGGGUUCAUGAUAUGUUAAGCUUAUCUAAUAAAAAAGAUAAUAGUGCGACUCUUCAUGAAAAUAUCAAUUCCCCUAAUAUCCCACCAAUUUAUAUAAUGGGUUUUUCUAUGGGUGGAAAUAUUGUUUUAAGAAUUUUAGAGAUAUUAGGAAAAUCAAAAGAUAAUAGUAAAGUGAAAAUAAGUGGUUGUAUUUCUUUAGCAGGAAUGGUUUCUAUUGAACAUUUAAAACAAAAAAAAUCUUAUAAAUACUUUUAUAUACCAAUGUCUAAAUUAGCUUCUAAUUUAAUCCCAAAUGCACGAAUUACCCCAUCAUUGGAAUUUGAAAAAUAUCCUUUUGUUAAUGAUGUUAUGGCUUUUGAUAAACUUAAAUGUGAUAAACCAAUUACAUGUAGAUUCGGAUAUGAAUUAUUGAGAGCUGUAGAUACAUUACAUGAAGAUAUGGAACAUAUAGAUGAAAAUAUUCCUUUAUUGUUUAUUCAUUCAAAAGAAGACAGUGCAUGUCAUUAUGAGGGAGUUGUAGAAUUUUGUAAUAAAUUGAAAAAUUCAAAGAAAGAAUUGUUCACAGUAGAAAAUAUGGACCAUAUGUUAACAAUGGAACCAGGAAAUGAAGCAAUUCUACAAAAAAUUAUAGAAUGGCUUACUCAAAUUUCAAAAGAAUUGGGAAGUUCUUAA